AUGGAAAGUGGUCAUUCUGAGCGAUAUGAGCUGCUGGCUGAGAUUGGAGAAGGAGCUUACGGAAAAGUGUACAAAGCAAGAGACCUGGAAAACAAUGGGAGGUUUGUGGCACUGAAAAGGAUUGAGAUUCCAAGAACGAAGGAAGGUAUCCCUUUCAUAGUAAUUCGGGAGGUGGCCUGGUUGAAACAGUUAGAAGUCUUUGACCAUCCAAAUGUUGUCAGGUUAUUUAACGUGGAGCUUGGUUCUCGGACAGAUGAGCUGAUGAAGUUGACACUUGUGUUUGAACUCAUUGAGCAAGAUUUGUCCAUGUUUCUGACAAAAAUUCACCAGCCACACCUCCCUCGUAAGAAAGUAAAG